AUGGACCUGGGGUACUUUUCCCUCGCCCUUCCGCAGGGGCUAUGUCGUGGGGCCCGGCUGCCUCCCUACCGGCGGGGGGACAGCGCCUUCCCGGCGCUGGGUACCGCGGCCAGCGCCGCGCCUUUCCCGCCGCCUGCCUGCGCGGAGGCGGUGGGGUACACUGCCGCUCCCGCCGCGGCGUCGGGCUCCGGCUACUGGCCGUCUCGAGGAGCCGGAUCACGGGGCUACGCCACGUCCAUUUUCCCUCUGCCGCCGCCGGAGUCCGGCAGUCCCUGCCCCUGCUCUGGCGCGAGGGGCACGGAACUAGGACGAUUCUGUUCCUGCCCCGGGCCCGCCCCAGCUCCCGGCCCCUCGGCCCCCUCAGCGGCCCCGGCGGCUCCCCGCACCUUCGAGUGGAUGCGAGCGAAGCGGAGCCUGCCCGGAAGAAGCGGCGCUGCACCGUGCAAGGGAGACCCUCCUGCCUGUCCCGCGCGCACCAGCUUCAGCACCCGGCAGCUGACGGAGCUGGAGAAAGAGUUUCACUUCAGCCGGUACCUGUCGCGGGCCCGCCGCCUGGAGGUGGCCCGCUCGUUGCGGCUCCGCGACGCCCAGGUGAAGGUCUGGUUCCAGAACCGCCGCAUGAAGCAGAAGAAGCGGGAGCGGGAGGCGCAGGCCACCCCCGCCACGGAACCCACAAGUGUUCCGGGAUGCCCCGAUUUAGAGAAAGGCGCCAGCCCCAAACGCUGCUGUUCGCUUUCGGGGCGUCUGAGGCUGUGGGAGCUGACAGGUGCUGUCGCCAGCGCAGGGCAGAGCAGAAAGCAGCUUUACCAGCUCUCCUGGAUCCACGGGGCAGUGGGUGUGCGAGGGGGGAUUACCUCAAGCUCCCGAUCCCUUCUUCGUUUAGCAUUUAAAAAGACAGAUCCGCAGCCUCAGCGGAGUUGA